GCACUUCGCAGCUCAACCUGUCCACGCUCCUCGGCAACGACAGCGAGAUUGACACUAUCCUCGAUGGCCCAAUGUUCUGCCCGGGCGGUCUCGUGCUCGACCCUGUCGAGCUGCGGGGGCGCGUCGAGACCAAUCUCGCGGCGGGCAUCGAAACGGAGAUCGCCAAGGUGCUCGGUUCCACCGCCGAGAACAUCACCGCCCUGCGCGAGGAAGUCAAGCAGACCUCCUUGCGGAUGCAGCUGCUGCCCCAGAGGGGCCUGGGGACCUUCGAGCUGCAGCCAGGCGCAUGGCCAUGGCAGCUUUUCACGCAGCGCGCGCCCCUGUUGGGCAGGGGCUUUAGCGGCGCCAGCUGCUCGGGCCAGCCCUCGGUCGACGACUGCAGCGACAUCUUCAUGUGCUUAGAUGAGGAGCGCGCGUUCGACCCCUUGGAGCAUAACAGCUGCCUCACCGAG